CUAAAUCUCUAUAGAAAACAUCAUCCAUCAGUCUGAUUUCCGGGGAUCAUUUUGGGUGAAAAGAAAAAACUGAUUUUGGAUCCCAAAUUAAGUGCUAUCUGUAAAUAUAGAGAAGGAGUUGAUUAGGGUUUUUAAUUGUAAGCAUGAAAAAGAGACAGGUGGUGGUGAAAAGAGAUGUCUCCAACACCUCAUCUUCUGUAAUCAGAAAUAUUCGAUAUGGCGAGUGCCAGAAGAAUCAUGCAGCAAAUAUUGGAGGGUAUGCUGUGGAUGGUUGCAGAGAAUUCAUGGCUAGUACAGGGGAGGGAUCUAGUGGUGCUCUUACAUGUGCAGCUUGUGGCUGCCACAGGAACUUUCACAGAAGGGAAGUGCAAACUGAGGUAGUAUGUGAGUACUCUCCUCCUAAUUCUGGUCGUUGAUCCCUUAAAAAAGAAAGGGGAAAAAAAAAAAAUAUAGUUCAGAGUUUGUGUGUAUCAAAUUAAUUAACUGAUUGAAUUUUUCUCAUCUAUCUUUUCUUUCUUUCUUUGGGUUCUUGUAAGCGUGGAUUGCCA